UGGUCAUGGUAAACGCGAAUCUUCGCAGGGGCGACAGAGGCGCAGAGAGAGGAACAGCCAGCGAGACGCGGGCAGAAACAAAAGAACAGCGCCACUAGGAGAAUCCCAAGUUGCGCGCGAUGUCCAUUGAUUUCGUUGCGGGAUGGUGCGGGGGUAAGGCCGACUAUUCACUUGACACCGUGAUGUGCGUUUGCUCCGAUGGCUAGUAGAUAGCUAGAGAAUGGAGGUUAGAUUGAGUGUGUAUUGCUGAUCGAGUUGUGUUACAUUAGGCGCUGCUGGGAUGGCGGUAGGCCAACCGUUCGAUACGGUGAAGGUAGGUCUUAGAGGCUCGCACGUCUACAUGCAUAACACCAGCAGUUCCCAGGCGAGACUGCAGACUGACGGACUGCUGGACGGUAAGAAGACGUACAGAGGAGCCUACCACUGCUUCUCUCACAUUGUCAAGCACGAGGGGCCACGAGCUCUGUUCAAAGGGAUGGCGGCACCUCUCCUCGGAAUGGCUGCCCUCAAUUCUCUCGUCUUUGGUGUCCACGGCAACCUCAUGAUCGUAUUCCAGGCACGAGCCGAUGGUCCCGACACCACCCCCGGACUAAAAUACUCUUUCAUCUCGGGCUGCGUGGCCGGGUUUGUGCAGACAGUCAUCUCCUCCACGACUGAGCUGAUAAAACUGCGACUCCAGUUCCAGAAGGACAGGACGGAUCUGAUUCCUCGCUCCCUCCACCACCACCAUCAUUCCAAGGGUCACACGGAGACACGAGUCUACUCGGGUCCGUGGGACGCUGCCAGGAAGAUCUACCAACGAGAGGGGCUCCUCCGAGGAAUCGGGAGGGGAUAUUGGGUGACCUGUCUCAGAGAUGUACCCGCCUUUGGGUUCUACUUUGGUACCUACGACUACAUGUGUCGAUGGAGACUGAGGCAGAAGGGACUUGGUCACAUAGACGAACUGAGUCCGGGGUUUAUAUGUGUGGCAGGUGGAAUGGGUGGAACUAUAUCGUGGAUCAGUUCCUACCCAGUCGACGUCGUGAAGUCCCGCUACCAGAUUGACGGGAUGGGCAGCGGGACGUACAGGUAUUCCAGUGGAGUUGACUGCUUCAGACAGACUUCUCGGGAGGGCUGGCGUGCGUUUUUCGCCGGACUCAGCCCCACCCUCUGUCGGGCGUUUCCUGUGAAUGCAGUGACCUUUGUAACUGUUGCCGUCAUAUUGAGAGAGUGGCGGAAAUUCAGAUCUAACGGAUCAUAGUGGCAAAGGGUUUCCUUUUUUUCAAUGCAGCCCUAUAUACCAUUUUUACCACACAUCACUAAUCUAUAGAUCAUCUCCCAAGCCUCUAUUGUUGUAUAUACAAAUUCUUUGUAGUGCUUUAUUGUUUGAACAGAGAAUGGCUAUUUU